AUGAAGAGCUUUAGAAUCUAUCAAGACCGAAUAGCGAAAGCGGUACUGAGGAGCGGGAAGAACGAAAUACAAUUCUACAAGAUAGACGCAUCGGGGCAGACCAAGUUGACAGGCUCCGUGUUCCUUGAUCAUCCAGUGCUAGAUUUCAAAUUCAACUCGAGCGAGCACGAUGAGCAUGUUUCGAAGACUAAGCCAGCGUCAAGGAAACGUGUAUUGAACGGGGGCGCCGCCGCCACCAGCAAGACCAACUCGGCAGAUGCUGAGACGUUGCUUGGUGUGGUAUUGCAAGAUGCAAGCGUCGUGAUCCUCUCCGCUGACUCCAACUCCAUUAUGCACACGCAAAGGUUCCACAAUGGCAAUGACAAGGACAAGGACAAGGACAAAUCUUUAGAGUUCAGCUCCAUAGUUAGAUACGCAAGCGACACCAUGUGGUGCGUUACAAAAUCGCGAGAUCUCGUCAAGUUCAACCCGAUGGCCAGCGCCAAGCUCAGCAAAGUUGCAAAACUACCGAAGUCAAACACGAUAUGCAUGAGCGGCGAGUACCGCGUCUGUCUCGGUACUGGCAACAGUGUCGAGUCGGGCAAGAUCGUCAAGGAUAAAUACGUCAAGACCCAGAUUUUCCCCUCAGUGAAGGGCGAGAUUGUGCAAAUUGAGCUACUCGAUGCGCAAACUUGCGUCGUUCUCACUGCCGAUGGACACGGAUACGUGGUUCCACUUGAUUCAGCAACAUUGCAAAGACUCGAAACUGAAGAUACCAUAGAAAAAAUCAGCAUCGUGCGAGCUGACAACGAGCAGUAUAUCAUUGCAAUUACAGUUGGUGCUAAAUUGGACAUUUUCACUAGCGAUGGCAGGCGCAUCAAUUCUAUUCUGGUUCCGUCCAGUUUGCGUGUGGAAUGCGUCAUCAGCGUGGAUAAUCAGCCCAUGGUACGUUUGGGGCACGAUGACCACACCAGUAUGCAGUUCCAGCCUUUUGCGUUGGACCAAACUCGCGUCGAUGUGCAAAAUGGAGCACCAACCCCAGAGUCCAAUGGCGUGAAUAGCAGCAGCAUAAUCCGUCUCCCUGAUGGUGAAGAUGGUGACGGGGUGAGCCGGGACUUGUAUGAACUUUUAAGCAGCUCCACAUUGGACAAAUCCGAGAGUCACAAGCUUUGUAAAUCUAAGAGCUACGAGUACGACGACGAUGACGAUGAUGAUGAAAAAAUCAAGAAAAUAGUGUCGAAAUUAUCGCGAGAGCAAAGUGAGAAACUAUUCACUGUUGUAAGCGAGCAAGUAUCCCAGGACGUCACCGCGAACUUUAGACUCAAUGUAUGGCUCAAAUGGUUGCUUUUGAUCCACGGGGGGAACUUCGCCCGCAGCAACAAUGUCUCAGUCAAGAGCUUACAAAAUCAACUAGAAGCAGGCUUGAAAGUCUUGCCCCGGUUAUACGCCAUUAAAGGAAAAUUGCAACUUUUGAAAUUACAAUCUGAGCUUAAAUCGUCUGCUCCGCUUGAAAACAACGAUGUCACCACUACGGUCGAGGAUGAGAGUAUGAUGUACGCAAACGGCGAAGUUGACGAUACACCAGCGCCGGAGUAA